GGAAGUGCCUGCGCCCCGAGUCACGUGGCUGCGGAGCGGGUGCGUACGGAACGUGCUGCCGCGUCAUCUCGGGCUGAAUGGGUGGCGGCCGAGGCUGCUGCUCGCCUGGAAGCCGAAGGGUGAAUGCUCCUCGCGAGCCGGCUGGAGGGCGAGGCCUGCGGUGGCGCUAACUCGGCCACCAAGGACGGACAGGGCGGCCGGCGGCAGGCCGGGAGCAUCCGGGCCUGGGGUGGGGAGGGGCGGUAGGCGGCUGCCGGGGCCAUGGCAUCGCUGGCGGAGCGAGUGCGGGGCAACGGGCGCAUCGCUGCCGGGCUCCUGCUCAACCUGCUCGUGUCCAUCUGCAUCGUGUUCCUCAACAAAUGGAUCUAUGUGCACCAUGGCUUCCCCAACAUGAGCCUGACCCUAGUGCACUUCGUAGUCACCUGGCUUGGCUUGUAUGUCUGCCAAAAGUUGAAUAUCUUUGCCCCCAAAAGUCUUCCCCUUUCCCGGCUCUUCCUGCUGGCCCUCAGCUUCUGUGGCUUCGUGGUCUUCACCAACCUGUCCCUACAGAACAACACCAUAGGCACCUACCAGCUGGCCAAGGCCAUGACCACCCCGGUGAUCAUAGUUAUCCAGACCCUCUUCUACCAGAAAACCUUCUCUACCAAAAUACAGCUCACACUGAUUCCUAUAACUCUAGGUGUAAUCCUAAAUUCUUAUUACGAUGUGAAGUUUAAUUUCCUUGGAAUGGUGUUUGCUGCUCUUGGUGUUUUAGUUACAUCCCUUUAUCAAGUGUGGGUAGGAGCCAAGCAGCAUGAAUUGCAAGUAAAUUCAAUGCAGCUGCUGUACUACCAGGCUCCGAUGUCAUCUGCCAUGCUGCUGGUUGCUGUCCCCUUCUUUGAGCCCAUGCUUGGAGAAGGGGGACUUUUUGGCUCCUGGUCAGCUUCUGCUUUGCUUAUGGUGCUGCUGUCUGGAGUAAUAGCUUUCAUGGUGAACUUAUCGAUUUAUUGGAUCAUUGGCAACACUUCACCAGUCACCUAUAACAUGUUUGGACACUUCAAGUUCUGCAUUACCUUAUUCGGAGGAUAUGUUUUAUUUAAGGACCCGCUGUCAGUUAAUCAGGGUCUUGGCAUGUUGUGUACAUUAUUUGGCAUCUUUGCCUACACCCAUUUUAAACUCAGUGAACAGGAAGGAAGUAAGUGUAAAUUGGCACAACGUCCGUGAUUGGGUUUUAGUGAAGAAAAAAGAUGUGUUGCCUCCAGAAGAUAAAAAAGUACCAAGUUUACAAAAUAUUUUCAAAGAAGAAAAAGCAAGUUAGACCCCACCAAUGUGUCCUGGAGCUCUGCUUCCCCAGAGACCCACCCUACUAGGGAAAGAGGCCGAUUGGGAGUAUGGACCGACCAGUCAAUGCCCAUGUUCAGCGGGGAAGCAAUUACAGAAGCCAGACCUUCUACCUUCUGCAACCCACAAUGACCCUGGGUCCAUGCUCCCAGAGGGAUAGAGAAUGGGAAAACUAUCAGAGGAGGGGGUGGGAUAUGGAGAUUGAGUGGUGGGAAUUGUGUGGAAUUGUACCCCUCCUACCCUAUGGUUUUGUUAAUCCUUUCUUAAAUAAAAAAAUAUAAAUAAAUAAAUAAAUAAAAUAAAAAGCAAGUUAGAAUGCAGAUGGUUUUCAAGAAGUAACAAAGGAAAUUUUAACUCAUCAAAAUGACUCAGUACCUUUUUUUUUCUUUCCAGAAACGGAAUUAUCUUAAUCAGUGGAAAUGCUUCCUUUCAAAAUGAAGCAUAUAAGAUUGUUUGAUUAUACCAGAUCAAGUUUGUGAAAUUAAAAUUGCGGGACAAAGAUAAAGGAACCCAUACACACUACAAAUGCAUUGCGCUUUUUAAAUGUUCAUACUCUUCUAAAGAAGGACACCGAGCACUCCUCAACUCAAAUCCAAGGAGGUCCCUCAGUAGGAGCUCUGUUACCAUUCUGGCCAUAGCGUUCAAGUCAAAAUUUGAACCUAGCAUUUCCAUUCCACUAGAAUUCUUUAGUAGACAUUCCUGCUUAUUACAUUUAUAAGAAUGAAAAAUAUCAAGAGAAGACAAAGGGUAGGGAAGAUGACCCCAAGACCAAGUCCAACUCUAAAUAUUUUUUUCUAGUAGAAAAUUAAUGUUCGAAGUUGUACAUGAUCACAAAAACAAAACUGCAGUUUAUAAAGCUUGUUCUUAAGUUUUUCCUGAACUGUAGAGACUAAAUGUGGAUAGCUCUGUGUUUAAAUGCCCAAAGAAAGAACUGCAGGAGGAAUGAAUACUCUUCUGAUCUUAUCUUGGUGCUGCCACCACAUUCUCACUCCCUCCUUACCUCCCUCCCACAGGUGAGGCUCUUUGCUUCUGAGGACUUCAAGUUAACAAUGUCCAGCCUUGGCCUUUUGUGGAGUCUAAAAAGAACUAGACAGCAAAUGCUAUGAAACACUAAGCAGAAACUUGGGGAAAGUACAAGAAAAGAUGCUAGAAGAACUAGAAAGAUUAAUGCAUGGGUUUUUUAAGGGAUAAUUUAUUUGAACGAGGAUACUGAGAAAUACAUGAUUUCCACUUACAGAGGUACACACAUAGAAAUGCAGAAUGUGGCGGAGGGUAGAUAGCAUAAUAGUUAUGCAAAGUGACUCACGCCUGAGGCUCCAAAGUCCCAGGUUCAAUCCCCCGCACCACCAUAAGCCAGAGCUGAGCAGUGCUCUGGUUAAAAAAAAGAAAAUGCAGAAUGUAUUCCUGCCUUCCAAGUUCUUGACAUCUGAGCAGAAAAAGCACUUAUGCUUACAGUAAAUUGACUGAUAACAAGUAAUCUCUUGACAUAAAUUACUUUUUCCAUAUAUUAUUUGUAAAUGUUUAAAUGAGUGGUCCAGGAGGUGGCACAGUAGAUAAAGCAUUGGACUCUCAAGCAUGAGGUCCGGAGUUCGAUCCCUGGCGGCACAUGUACCAGCGUGAUGUCUGGUUCUUUCUCGUCCUACCUUUCUAAUAAAUAUAAUGAAAUAAAUGCUUUAGGGAGUUGGGCGGUAGUGCAGCGGGUUAAGCGCAGGUGGCACAAAGCGCAAGGACCUGCGUAAGGAUCCCGGUUCAAGCCCCCCACCUGCAGGGGAGUCACUUCACAGGUGGUGAAGCAGGUCUGCAAGUGUCUCUCUUUCUCCCCGUCUUCCCCUCCUCUGUCCAUUUCUCUUUGUCCUACCCAACAACAAUGACAUCAAUAACAAUAAUAAUUAAAACAACAUAACAAAACAAGGGCAACAAAAGGGAAUAAAUAAAAAAAGAAAGAAAAUUUAAAAAUAAAUGUUUAAGGAGUCAGGCGGUAGCGCAGCGGGUUAAGUGCACGUGGCUCAAAGCGCAAGGACCUGCGUAAUGAUCCUGGUUCGAGCUCCCCACCUGCAGGGGAGUUGCUUCACGAGUGGUGAAGCAGGUCUGCAGGUGUCUGUCUUUCUCUUCCCCCCUCUGUCUUCCCUUCCUCUCUCAAUUUCUGUCCUAUCAACAAUAACUACAAUAAUAAAACAUGGCAACAAAAGGGAAUGAAUAAAUAAAAUCUACUUUCUUAAAAUAUAGUAAAAUAAAAAAUAAAUGUUUUAAUGAGAAACUCUUAAAAGGACAAACAGCAUGGGUGUAAAGCACAUCUUUCAUAAUUUUUUCCUAGCCUAUUUGAGAUGAAAAGCCUCACUGAAAACCUGGCAGAAUUUCAGUUUUAUCAGUCUGCUAUGUGAUUAAGUAUAUGUGACUUUCUGGUUUUGCUUUAAAUAUUUUUUGUCUUCAUUUCCAAAGAUAUAUCUCAUUGUGCUAAGGAGUUCCACACCAUUUGUUUUUACAAUAAGCCUGGAGCAUUCGUUACCUCUGUCUGAGAAGUGUUCUCUAUGUCUAACAUUCAGUUGUUUCCCAGAGGCCGGGGAAAAAGUAUUUCAGCAUAUUGAAGAUGACUUGACCUCACUGCACUAAUAGCGGUGUUGAUGUAUGCCAUGAACAAUUGUAAAUACAAUUUGAAGGGGAUUAUUAAAAGUGUGUGUGUGUGGGGGGGUUUACAUUAAAUGAUGUCAAUAAGAAUUCAGUAAGAAGUUAGGAGCAAGAUGAUAUGUGUAUAUGUGAACAGACAAUAAAUUCUGUACUACUGGAACCAGA